AUGGUGCGCGGGUGGGGAGCAAGUGAAAAACGACAAAACGUUGGUUGGUUAGUCGGUAGCAACGUGGUCAGGCCCGCUGUGCCUGCUAGCCGGCACGCACUGAAAGUAGGAUUCCAUCCUCCCGCAGAGACGGGGAGACAAGCCCUGGCCCUCCUGGACAAUUCGGAGUUGCAGAAGAGCAUACACAUCUCAGAGGGCCAGAGGAAGGAUCCUGCAGACGUUUCUUCUGAGAGGGAUCUGCCAGAGCAGGUAGGUCCUAACCCUCGUGACACCGCCCGUUCCGCCGCCCGCGAUCCGCUUCCCGGUUCGGUUCCGAGCGCCAAAGCCGGCAGCCGCGGGGCCGCGUCAGAAUCGGGGCGUAGGGAGAGCGGGGGGUGUGGGCGGCGGAGGGGUGCUCCUGCUCCUGCGUGGGGCACUGUGGCCGCGCAGGAAGGGGACGCCGGCGCGGGGCUGCUGACCGAUCCGGAGAAAGCGGGCGGCGAGGGAGCGGCGGGCCCGGGCCUCUCCGCCCCACAUCCGGGGACGGUCGCCUGGCGCCGCGCGCGGUCGAGGCGGCGCCGGCGGCUGCAGCAGGUGGGCACCGUGGCGCAGCUCUGGAUCUACCCGGUCAAGUCGUGCAAGGGGGUGCCGGUGAGCGCGGCCGAGUGCAUGGCCUUGGGGCUGCGCAGCGGCCACCUGCGGGACAGGUUUUGGCUGGUGAUCAAGGAAGAUGGGCACAUGGUCACCGCCCGGCAGGAGCCUCGCCUCGUGCUGGUGUCCAUCACCUGUGAGGGCGACCACCUGAUCCUCGAGGCUCCGGGCAUGGACCGGCUGGCUUUGCCCAGCAAGCUACCUUUCUCAAACAAGCUGCAUGAUUGCAGGAUCUUUGGUAUGGACAUCAAGGGCAGGGACUGUGGCGACCAGGCAGCUCAGUGGUUCACCAACUUCUUGAAAACAGAGGCUUUCAGGCUGGUUCAGUUUGAGAAGCACAUGAAGGGAAGACCAUCGCAGGAAAUUUUCUCUACUGUUGUACCAAAUUACCAGGUGGCCUACCCAGACUGCUGCCCAAUCAUGAUCCUUUCGGAAGCCUCCCUGGAGGAUCUGAAUACGAGGCUGGAGAAGAAAGUGAAAAUGGACCAGUUCAGACCCAAUAUCGUGGUGACAGGCUGCGAUGCUUUCGAGGAGGACACUUGGGAUGAGCUCCUGAUUGGCAACGUCGAAAUGAAGAAGGUUUUGUCUUGCCCCAGGUGCAUUUUGACCACUGUGGACCCAGACACCGGAGUGAUAGACAGGAAGGAGCCACUGGAAACCCUGAAGAGCUACCGCCUGUGUGAUCCUUCUGAGAAGAAAAUAUACAAGUCGUCCCCACUUUUUGGGAUUUAUUAUUCAGUGGAGAAAAUUGGCAGCCUGAAAGUUGGUGACCCUGUGUAUCGGAUGAUUGAGUGACACGCAGCCGGGAGGCUUUCUUUAGGAUUCUACCGACUGCAGCAACACCAUGACCUCGGGCACCCUUGCUAACCAGCCUGUGGCCGUCUUCACCCUGGAAAUGAAUCUCCAUUUUUCACUUUUUGAAGUUAAGCAUGUUCCAAGUUCAUGCAGGAAAAAUAUUAGAGGCAAUUCAGAAAUAAGAAGAUCAAUAGAUUUUAGGUAGUGAGGACUUUUGAAAUAGAUAAAACUGUCUAUGAGAUUGUUUCGAAUGUUACUAGAUAGAUGACACUUCCCAAUCCCUGUCGUUAAUGCUGAUGAGUAAAGAAAGCUUAAAGAAUCAGUUAAAAAGCUGCAAAAUUUUUUUUCUAAGUGUUGACAUUUUAUUACCUAUCAUUCGUGUUUUAGGAGGAAGGGGAAAUGAGAUCACUGUUUUCUGAUGUGCGUUUUACAUGUUAACACAAAUUCCUGUUGUUGGUCUUUACAUGGCUGUUGAAUCCUGUCAACUUUUUGCUCAUGGGUUUUGGAAUCGGUUGUAUGUGAGUAUGGAAGUUAAUUUAUAGAUCUUGUUUUGGUAUUCGACUAACCUCUGUGAAGCCAUAUGGAAGUAAUCUGUGUGUAACUGCCAGAUACAGUGCCUGGAAUUCCCAGUAUGAUGAAGACAAGAUGGGAUUUUAAAAAGAAUGGAAUUUUGAGAGUGGGAGAGAGGAGGAAGAAAGCACGAGCACAUUUUUUUUAGGUGCAAAUAAUUUUUUUUGGAACAAAGAGAAGUGAACUAUUUUGGUAUGACUAAACAAAAACCCUCACUGAAGAAAUCUGUGGAUGAAUGAACCCACUUAUAAUUUUGUAGUUCCUUUAAUAUUAAUAAAUGUGAAUCUCAGUUGUA